GGCGCGCCGAGCGGUCGAUGGAGCAACAGCUGACGACGACGACGAAAACUCCUCCUCUUCCUCAGACCGGCCAUUUCCGCACCGGCCUGAAAGGGAGAAACAGGACAAAAAGAUAGCACUGUUAUGAAAACAUGCCUCCAAAAUUCAAGCGCCACCUCAAUGAUGAUGAUGUUACUGGCUCAGUCAAAAGUGAGAGGAGAAAUCUCCUAGAGGAAGAUUCAGAUGAAGAAGAGGACUUUUUCUUGAGAGGGCCAUCAGGUCCAAGGUUUGGACCCAAGAAUGACAAGAUCAGACAAGUUCAAAACCAGGUUGAUGAAGUUAUUGAUGUCAUGCAAGAAAAUAUCACCAAGGUGAUAGAGAGAGGAGAGCGGCUGGAUGAUUUGCAAGAUAAGUCAGAAAGCUUAUCAGAUAAUGCAACAGCUUUUAGUAACAGAUCCAAACAGCUCAGAAGACAAAUGUGGUGGCGAGGCUGCAAGAUGAAGGUAAUUGUGGCUUUGGUUGCUGUUGUUGUCUUGCUAAUCAUUAUUGUUCCCAUCAUCCUCAAACACCGCACUUGAAUUGGAGAUGGAUGUCCUUCAGGAUAACAGCAAAGCUAGCAGCUGUAUGAUUUCAGUGGAAUGUAUUAUGUAUAUAGCUUUGAAGUGCAUCCUGCUCUCAAACUCCAGGGAGGCGCAUGCACAGUUCCACCAAGAGCAUCCAGAGGGACUGGCAAAUAUAUGACUUUCAGUCAAGGAUUAACUAUACUGUCAAUACUGGACCCAAAAACCUCACUGUUGCUCUUACAAAGGAACCUAUAUGGAAUCAGAUACUUGUCAGUAUUUCAUCUGUUUUUUUAAAUAAUGUAUAUAUGAGUGAGUGAGUGAGAGAGAGUGUGUGUGUGUGUGCCUAGCGAAUUGAUAAUGUUAUUUAUAAUUUAAAUAGUUUCCUACCACUAUUGAUAAAGUAGUGGAGGAAAGAAUUAUGGUGGGAAGAAGGAAGUGUAUAGUCUAUAUCACUGUUUAAAAAAACAUUCCUUCUUCAACUGAAUUUAAGGGAUUCUGAAGUUCUGCGUUGCUAUUAUUGCUCAUUAUUGUUCUAUAAAUUCCAGUUUAAAAAAACACAUAUUUUUGACUGCAAAUAUGUAGCUGUUAGUAAAUUAUUGAAAUAAAGAAGCUGCUAAUUCAGUUAAGACAA